UUCUGUGGCAUUACUCGAAAAACAGCGUAUCGCUCGUGAAAUAAUGUAGAGAAGACAGCUCAUUGAGGCAUACACAACCUACAGCCGGAAAGAAUUUUCCGAAAUAAACGAGAUAGUCAGAAACGCAGCUGAUCAUGCGCUUAUGUAGGUUUAUGACGUAGAACGCAAGAAUGACGGCGAUUUCUUUUUUCAGUUUGUUUAUUAUAAUCUCCCAGACACACGUACUGCGCGCGCAAUGCGUGCUUCUUCUACGCACCCCUGGAAGUUCUCUCGGUAAGACCCGGAACACAGAAACGUCGCAUCAUGAUGGGAAAGUCUUUGUGAAUUCUGAAGUUCAGAUAUGCUGGUCAGUGAAAAAAAGGAAAAAGAAAGAGAAAUGGACAUUUUACAACAAUCCCUUCAAGCAGCGGAUAUUCUCUCUGGGGAAGAUAAUGAUAUUUUUGGAGAGCUUGGAAUCACAUUCAAUAAUUCCUCUGUGGAAACUGUUGGAUUGGGCGAUGAUCUUUCUGCUCUGGAUUCCCAAGGAAAUGCACUGUUUAAUAAUGAGACUAAAGCUCAUGACCAAUCACCAUUUCCUAGUUUUAAUGAAUCUAAUGACUCAAAUUCGAUGUCUGGUUUUGAUACUUCGCAAUUUCUUAAUACUUCCGCACCAAUUAACUCAGCACAAUCUGCACGGCAUACAUCAUAUGAGCAACAGCCCACUGAAUUUGCUAAGCAAGAGAAUUACCAACAUUUACCUGUUUCAUUACAUUCUAAUCAACCUUCAUCAUCUGCAACAACGGUUUCCCCCUUUGCUAAUCAGCACGAGGGGAUGACAAAUUAUGCAAACCAAUAUCAAACUGUCCAACAAGUUUCGAUGCAAAGCGUCUCGCAACCUAGCACAACAGUUGCUACUUACCAACCUUAUUCAAAAGCAAUAUCAACGGUUGCUUCAUCACCAGUGCUUACAAGGCUUCCAUCGCAAACAUUGUCAACUCUACUUAAUCCACAACCCAGUACACUAUCUGCAGACAAUUCACCGGCGACUUUGCCUGUCGGAAUUCGAAUUGCGACACCCAAUACUUUUCAAAAUGACACUAAUAUAGUGCUCGACAACAAUACCCAUGUCACACAAAAUGCUAAUGUAUUAAGGACGUCCACUCCUAUUCAAAUACUCCAGCCCACUGCUGUUCAGCAAAACCAAACUCAGCUUAUUACUGUGCUUCAAAAGCAAAAUAACAUUCGAGUGAGUUCUCCUGUCAAUCAAAAUGUGGCAUCUGCCCAGUACAUCAAUGGAUUGACAGUACAACCACAUCAAACAAACGUAGUCAACCAAAACUCUAAUGUUGCAGUGUUGAGAGUCGCAAGCUCAAAACAAAAUAUCAACAUAAGUGAUCCGCAACUUGUCAAAGCCCUCACAGCCAAUUUGUUGCAGAAACAGCAAACUUCUGAAAUGCAGAAUACACAGCAACCUCCCCAACAGCAAUUCGUGAAAUUGGACCACAACAACUCUGUUAUUAAUGUCAUUUCACAAAGACCGCAACCGCAGGUAAGAGGAGCGCAACAAAUUACUCUGCAAAAUGGCCAAACAAUACUACUGAAUAGUAGUCAACAUGUCCAAGUGCUUCAGGCUCCAACACCAGCACAGAAUGUCGCUUCGUCACUACCUAACUAUCCCAAAUCUAUAAAAAACUCUCUCCAGCCUUCAAAGUCUGGUCAAAUGCCAAUAAAAGGAAUACAAAUUGCCAGUGUUAAUAUUCCUAUUGCAUCACCUUCUGCCAACACUACCUCAGUUGAUGUUGCACCAACAGCAAAUAGCAUUUUAGCCAUACCUGUUGUAGCCAAACCUGGUUCAAUUUCAAGCACUGUGACUUCUGCAAGUUUUGAAACUGGUGCCACUGUUGCAGUAUCACGAAUCACCCCUUCUGUGGCGACAACGUUGAAAUCCUCCACAGUUCGAAAUCUUCUUACCAAUUCGAUAUUGAAGCAAAACAACAAUACCUCAUUAACUAACAGCAAUAUAUCACAACCCAUUAUGCAACAGCAUCAAAGUACAUCAAAUGCGCAGGUUGUGAUGACAGAAACAAAUGGUCAGGUUGCUCGUGCAUCAAUGGGUCCAACGUUAAGAUUAAAUCUGACGCCACAACAAGCUAGUAAACUAACGACCUCUCAACUGCAGACUAUUAUAAAACAGCAUCGUGCUACAUUACAAGCCAGAGCUCUUGCAAAUGCUGAUUCUAGAAUACCAACUGCGGUUGAUGGUGGACAAGCGAUGGAUACUAGUUCAUCAUCUCAAGCCACCAUUGUGAAAAAUACACUUGCAGGAUCCAAGUCGCUUGCCUCAAUAUUAAAGCCUUCAGUAACAGCUGCAGUGACUACUGUGGCUUCAAAUUCAUCCGUGACUGUGAGUCGGCAGGGUGGUGUAGACCAACAAUCUUCUGUUCAGGCAUUUCGUGUUGACCCGACAUUAACAGAAGGACAGAUUGAUGAAGUGAAGAAGCUACUCACAAAUCGCACAAUUGCAUCUAAGCUCCAUCAGUUAUCAAGAGAACAGCGGCAGCUCGUCCUUGCAUUUCAAGCACAAAUUAAAUCAAUGUCGCCACCUGUUCAACAGUAUUAUUUAAGAAAUCCUCAACUAUUUAUGCAAAAGGUGCUGCAACAAAUCCGAGCUGGGAAACCUUUCAUACUAAAUGUGAAAGUAGAUGUUCAGCAAAAUAAAGUCCAAGUUGUCCCCACCAAUCAAUCGAGCAACGUACAGCACCCGACUAUAUCUCUCACACAAGAUCAGCCACGUUCGACUCGUUUGGCCGCUCCGUCCCCCACGCGUAUAACACCUGUAAAACCUUCUCAGGCAUCUUCGAAAUUUUCUCCGAUUUCUCUUAAUCAAGUAGCCACUACUGCCGCCAACAUCACUGUGCAAAUGCCAAAGAAAGCCAUAAAACGACCAGCACCUGCGACUUCAAAAGUAUCAUUGGUUCUGGAACAACUAGAAUGUCACAAGAAAAUGACCACAAAUCCUGAUUGUGUACAUCCUUUCAAGUCUGUUCGAGAUGCAAUCAGAAGACUUGUUCCAUUUCAUACGUGCAAUAUACCUAAUGUCAAAGAGGAGCAUUUUGAAGAAUCUGAAAAAAUAUUUGACAAAAUCGCUGAUCGGAUAGUUGCAAGAACUCGAGCGAUGGUGAACAAGUAUCACUUGCUAUCACUUCGCGAUUCAACUAGAGAUUCAUGUUCUGCUGAAAUGGUUAUGAUCGAAAGAAUGUUCCUGCAAAAAGAAAAAGCCAAACUUGCUGAAGACAAGGCAAAGUUAAAAGAAAAUCCCUCACUCAUAAAAGAGUAUUUUCCAAGGCGGUCUUCAGAGGAAGCGAAUACAACUGAUAUUGAUGAUAAUUUGGAUACAGGGACCGCUGGCACAAGUCCGCAAAACUGCCUUCAGCUGGAUACAUAUUUGAAAAAUGAAACAGACUCAUCAGGUUUUGAUCAAGAAGUUUCAUCUUCACCGCAUUUUUAUAAAACUGUACCUGAAAGUAGUGCGAGUGACUCUGAAUGCAGGUCGAACUUUAACAAUCGUUUAAUUUCAUAUGAAUCGACUUCAAGUCCUGGUGAUUCGAAACGAAUAAGGGUAGAUGUAUCAGAUGCAGGAUCACAAAGCUCUUCUGAAGAGACGUUGCUUCUUGAAGCUGUCGAUAGUAUUUUGCUACCGUGA